AUGAAUAGUUUAUUAUCGUGUAUUUAGGGUUAAAAAGAAUUCAAUCAAAAGCAGCAACUUCAAUUUGACAUCAACAAAUACAUCCAAUACCCUGAGACACUCACUCCCAUCCUCAUACAGAUUUGCGUCAAAAUAUUCGCCAACAAAGACAAGUACUUGGAUGCCCAGGAGGAAUCCCUGAUACUCCAAUUGAUCAUCAAAGGUCUCACAAUCAAGGUAACAAGCACUCCCUAAUCAACUAGAAAUACAACCACGAUAUUCUGAUCGAAAUCGGAUCAGUGAUCAACCUCCAAUCCAAUGACAAAGCCAAUCAAAACAUAUUUUAUUAUGUGUACUUGUCCUCACUCUACAAACAGAAGUCCAAGUCAGUCCAACAACAACAACAAAUAAACAAGAUGAUCAACCUCUACGAAGAUCAAUUCAAAAAUUACAUCCACCAUUUGUCCCAAAUCGAGUGGAAUCACAACCUCCUCCAAUCCCUCAUUAAAUGCGUCCUAUUCAAUCCCACACUCUUCAGAAAUCACUAGAAACAAAUCCAAGAACUAUGCGUUCAAAGAAGAUCCCAAACCCAAAUUGCCACUCUCUUAGCUCAACUCUACGCUGUCCUACAAUUCACAUACUUGGAAGGCAAGCAAGGAAUCAACUCCUACCAAUCUCAAGUCGUCAAUACUCUAGAGCAGAUCUUCGAUGCCUACUAUGUUGUAGCCACCCUAAUUGAUUUGGAGAAGGAGAAAUUAGUCUUGCAGAACAAUUGGCAAGCCAACCUAUCCACUGAGGAAAUCAAGAUGAACCUCCUCAAUGUAAACAUAUCCAUCUUAAUUAGAUCGAAGGCAAGAAUCAAAAGACCAAGUAUUCAAUCAUCUUUCAAAUCAUCAAGGAGUUCCUCACUACAACUGAUAAUUUUACCAUCAAUUUUAGGGAAACCUUGCAUUUCCUGUCUCUCCUGUUCCAAUAGCAAUUGCAAUUCAUCAAAGAAGACAUCCUCAUCGAUAUCUAAAUUGAAAGUGCCAUACAAAAAAUAGGAGAAAUCAUACAAUUGAACAACUCCUUCGCUGAUCAUUUAGAUGUAGUCUACGAAACACAAUUGAAUUAAAGCAUAAUGCAGUAAUUACAAAACAAGCUCAACAAAUUAAUGAUCGAUAGAGGAAUCACUCUCAGCAUUGAAUCCUUCAAAGAAUUAAACUACUUUAGUAAAUCGAUUUCAAUUUCCUUAUUGCACACCCUCGUACUGUCCAGUUUUAGUCAAGGUCUAAUAAUGAAUACAUCCAUCCUCCAAAUUUUAUUUAAAUUUACUCAAUCGUCAUUUUCAGUCAACACCUCCAUGAUCAAACUCAUUUCCUAGUUGUGUGAAUCCAUGUCAUAACAGAGUAAUUACUUUAAAUAUGAAAUUAGAAUUUUUAACAACAAGGAUUGAGUUAGAAGUGAUCUCAAGAAUCCUUGAACAACUUGAACUGGAAUUCCCCAAGUUUAUGAAAAACAUGAGCAAUUAUAUGAAAAGGGAGAGACAUCAAAUAUAUCAACCACAAAAUGCCGAUAACAAAAAAAAAUAAAAGGUAGUCAAAGACAUUCAAUUGGGAUUCUUGCCUUAAGAUCAACUCAAUAAGACGAGUGUGAAAACACUAAAAUAACGAUUUGACAAUCAAUUUAGUUCAUUGGCUCAACUGGUGGUGAAUAACUUGAGACAAGGAAACUCAUUGGAUUUAACCAAAAGGCUGUAUCAGCUAUUAUUUAUCAUUUUCUCAUUCCCACAUGAUAUUUUGUUAAAUUAUUGUGGUAGCGAAGUCAUUUCGUCCUUGUUGCGAUUAUGCAAGGUGGUGAUAUAAAACUAUAACGAAUUGGAAUUAUGUUUGAUUCAACCCAUCAAGUAUUUCACUUUAUACUUGAUGCAAUCAGAGGUCUACGAUAUUGAUUUAGAUUUGCAGGAGGCAACAUCUGGCAUUUUGGAGUUAAUCAAUUUUGUCUACCAAAAGCGAAAGACCUUGUCAAUAGAUAAUUAUGUGUCAGCGAUUGUAAAUUAAUUUAAAUAUUUUAGAAAUCAAUCAAUGAUCAAUUUUCCAAGGCUUAAUAGAUCCUCUAGUCUGUCAACUCAGAGGAGUAAUAUUAUUCUUGUAAAGAUAACUAGAUGGAUAUGUCCAUGAAUGCUAGUGCUGGAAAUAUUAACAACAAUCUCCAAUAGAUAGCUGCUUAGAUCAGAAAGACCAAGAGCUUCAUUGGGGAGGAGGAAAGUAGCUCAAAACAAUAGAAACAAACAGAGGAUGAGAUGUUUUAUUCCAUAGUGAAUCAUUCAAAUAACAAUAUUGCAAAAGGAGAAUAACAAAAUUAAUAAAUUGUUACAUUACAAUAAAAUGUAAUUGUUAAUGAGGACGAAGAGAUUGAAAUACCCAAAGUUGUAUUUGAUUGA